AGGAUGACUCCCUCCCUAAAACCACUAUAUCUAUGUAUAUUAUAUGAAUCGCUCUGCCCCUUCUUUUUGGCUUUCUCCAUUCACCUUCCUCUAACACAGUAAAACCCCGCGGGCUUCCCUCCAAAGAGUUUGGAAGAUCGAAAAGUUCGGAUUAGGAUUACAAGAAGCAGAGGCGGGCAUAUAGAAUACGUGAUCCCGUGAGCCAUGAACGCCAGAAGAGACUACCGUAAUAACAGAGCUGCUCUUUUUGAUGGAAUCGAGGAGGGUGGCAUCAGGGCCUCAGCAUCUUACUCCUCCCAUGAAAUUGAUGAGCAUGAUAAUGAAAGAGCAGUAGAUGGAUUGCAAGAUAGAGUCAUUUUACUGAAGAGAUUGUCAGGUGAUAUAAAUGAGGAGGUGGAGGGUCAUAAUCGCAUGCUAGACAGAAUGGGCAACGAUAUGGAUUCAUCAAGGGGAGUCUUGUCAGGAACAAUGGAUCGUUUCAAGACGAUAUUUGAGACCAAGUCAAGCCGAAGAAUGUUUACACUUGUGGCAUCAUUUGUUGUGAUUUUCCUUGUCAUAUACUAUCUCACUAGGUAAUCAAUCUGUGAUGGGAUUUGAUGCAGCUUCGCUUACCUUUAUGCUAGACUGGGAAGACUCGUUUUCACUACAUUACUGUAAUCAAUGUUACUCACUGCCUGUAGGGCAUUUGCAUGUAUUGAAUAGUUGUUGAACCCAUGGCAUGGUUGGCAGUUAAUGUGCCUUUUGCA